AUGGCUGGCGGAAUGCCGCGGAGACGCAAGGCUAACGGUUGCCGUACAUGCAUAAUGAGGCACGUUAAAUGCGACGAAACCAAACCCAAUUGCAACCGGUGUUUGAAAGCACGACGCAGAUGUCUCGGAUACCCGGUGACAACAGAUGCCUCGCCCGUUGCUUUUCUUGUCAUGGCCCAAGGCUCGAAUCGGCCGGAAUGUGAUGCCAAAGCCCGACGGGCCUUUCAAUUCUUCUACGAGGCCUGUGCCUCUUCUCUUUCGCAGCACGGGAACACUGCCGUCUGGACCAGAAUGGUAUUGCAGACCAGUCAUUACGAGGAAAGCAUCAAACACCUGGUGAUAGCUGCGGCGUGCUUAGGUCUAUGUCGACGCUUUGGGGUGUCUUCAGCCGACGAAGAAAUCACGUUCCUCUUCCACCACGGUAAAGCGCUGGCGCUGCUGAGCCGCGGUCAAUGGCACAACCCCUCCGUUAUCCUGUUGGCAUGUCUGUUGUUGGUGCUCUGCGGGCAGCUUCAGAACCGCGACGACAUGGCGGCUCAGCACGCAAAAGCCGGCAAGAAGAUUCUGGCAUCUUACUAUGGGGAGAAUUCUCAUCCCGGGACGGGAACAGACCCGUUAAUCGACGAGAUCGCCAUGAUUUUUUCGAGACUGAACUUUGAUACACCGUCACCAAUCCAGACAGCAGGUCUGCCCACUGACUCCCCUCCCGUCUCAACUACCUCCUCCCCAGGGUCCCUGUCAGCCAAACGCAACCGCUCUGGUCUCUCGCUAGACUUCUCCUCCCUCCCGCCGAUGUCACAGCCUGCACCGCCCUCCAACACUCUCCUGAUCACCCGUCUCGAAGACAACAAGAUCUUCCAUCCUGCCUCGCUGGCAACGAUAAGGCAACACAUCAAUGAGAUCGCCCCGCUCAACUCCUUUUCCCCGCUCAAAUCCCUCUGCCGCAUCAUCUGCUCCUUCUACGAUACCGACUCGGCGAUCCGCGUCCGUCAAGCUAUCGACGGCACUGCCAUCCUCGGAUCUAGCGUUGCGAAGUGCUACUUUGGCGAGCCUACCCCGAUAGGCGACGAGAAGAAGUACCUGGACCGUCCAGAUGCAGGACGGUUGUUCUUCAUUUCACCGCCACCCAGUCCGCCGGUGGGAUGGGAGAUGAAGCAUGAGGAUCCUCCUAACAGGGAGGUGCACGCAGAAGAUCUCGCCUCAAAGCUGCAGAAGCUAAGUGGCAAAUUGGGAACCGCUACCGCUACCGCUACCGUUGACGAGGAAAAUAAUGAGGAUGGAGAGUCGAAGCCACAGUAUUCGGCCGAGGCGUUGCAGAGGUUGAAGGAGUACAGAGCACGCGCGGCGCUGCCUGGUGGUGUAUCAACAGACAAUUCCGCGAGUGCGCCGUCACCUAUCAAGCACCGGAGUCGGAGCUCGACGCUGAUAUAUGACCCGAAAGCCCACGGCGACAGCCCAGGGCUACCGGCUGUGAUGCUGGAGGCGGAGGAUGAGUCUGAUGUUGAGCUUGAGGAUUCUGGAACCAAGAUCAUGGCGCAUACUCCCAGACCACCGGUCGAACUGAUGGAGCAUUGA